ACCCUCCGCCUCAACCUCCAUCUCCGCGUCCCGCUCGACAGAAUACUCACUCUGGAAAAGAACGAGCAUAGUUUCCACCGUGGCUUUAACUUCGUCUUCACUCUUCUCAACCUACCACAUGGUCGCCUUGCGUCGCAUUCAGGAUCUCAAGACUAUGAUUGCCUAACAUUUGCUUUUAACCCCGCUGUCACGUUUUUUCCGCUUGUGGAAGUUCGAAGCAGGUCAAUCGCGGAUCAAUCUAGAUCCGCCGUGAAUAUUAUUUUCAAAUUGAGUGAGAUACUUUCACUGAUUCCACUCCCUAAGAUCUCAAUUUUUCUUGUCAUUACCAGUGGCUACCACGUCGUUGGGACCUCGGCCGCCAAGCCAUAGCCAAGACCGAGAUGCCGACUCUCGCUUUGAUCAACUUCAACAUCGUCUGUGCAACGCUUGGAGGCUUUAUCUCACUCUUUGGCCUGGUGUCCUACCUGUGCAAGGAGCGAUUCUACCUAUCCGAGGCCCUAAUCUCGCUUCUGGCGGGUGUCGCAUUCUCUCCACAUGCAGCCAAUUUCAUCCGCCCAGAUGACUAUGCCUUGCACUCCGAGGAGAACCUCGAGGCAAUCACUUUGCACUUCACCCGCCUAGUCCUAGGCGUGCAGUUGGUCCUAGCAGGCGUCCAGCUCCCCAAACGUUAUCUCCAAAUCGAAUGGCGGAGCUUGUCGCUUCUGCUCGGGCCUGGCAUGGCUGCGAUGUGGUUGUGUAGUAGCCUGGUGAUAUGGGCUAUGGUCCCCAACUUCAAGUUUCUCCAUGCGCUGAUCGUUGCCGCCUGUGUGACACCUACCGACCCGGUCCUGUCCAAUUCCAUUGUUAAGGGCAAGUUUGCGGACAAGCAUGUUCCGCGUCCGCUGCAGAGGAUCAUUGUGGCUGAGUCUGGUGCUAAUGAUGGUCUGGGGUAUCCUUUCCUUUUCUUUGGCAUCUACUUGCUUAAGUAUGUUGGCAUGGAUGGUGAAGGGUAUACUGGAUGGGCUGGGAAGGCGAUGGCUCAGUGGUUUCUGGAGACUUGGCUGUAUACUAUCGUUUUGAGUGUAGUGUAUGGCAUUGUGGUUGGUUGGCUGUCGCGAAAGCUUCUCCACUGGGCGGAGGAGAAGCGUUAUGUUGAUCGCGAGAGUUUCCUGGUCUUUGCCAUUGCGCUUGCCCUUUUCGUUGUUGGAACUUGCGGCCUGAUCGGAACUGAUGACCUUCUCGCGUGCUUUAUUGCGGGGAAUGUAUUCACACAGGAUGACUGGUUCCGACUCGAAACCAUGGACGACUCUCUCCAACCAACUAUUGACAUGCUUCUCAAUCUCGCAGUGUUCAUGUGGUUUGGCGCAGUCUGCCCGUGGUCGUCCUUCCUGAAUAACGAGAUCAUUCCGAUUUACCGCCUCAUUUUCCUGGGAGUCCUGAUUUUGCUAGUUCGCCGGAUGCCAAUCAUCUUCGCGAUGCACAAGUACAUCCAUCAAAUCGAGCACAUAUCCCACGCAGCAUUCGUUGGAUUUUUCGGUCCCAUCGGCGUCGGUGCUAUCUUCUACCUCUCCAUCAGCAGAGAAUUCCUCCGGGAAAUCACAGUCGAUGGCAAGGUCCGCGAGGACGCUCAGCAAGUCAUGGAUACCAUCAACGUCGUAGUGUGGUUCCUCGUAAUUUGCAGUAUCGUCGUCCAUGGUCUUUCCGUCCCGCUCGGAAAAGCCGGUUACAACCUCCCGCGCACCAUUUCCAGCGCUAUUAGUACUAGUACUGUUGAUGAGCCUGAGCCAGUGCCCAUUUCAAACAUUCGUCACACGCACAGUACCGCGACACCUCAGGGCAAUCUUUCUGGGCCGAGUCACCGAUCUCGUAAGCGUGGCCACCAGCGUGAAUCACCUCAACCGCCGUUGUUCCAUGUUGGUCGUUCUGUGAUUCGCUCACGUUCGCCCGAUAGACAGCUUGGUGUUGGAUCGAUCGAUGAACCCGAGCGUCCUGUCAACCUUGUCACCCAUGAGACAGUGGUUGAUGGAAAUGACAGGGAGCAAGGCUCGUCGAGUUCGGCGUAAAUACCCCAAGUGUCAGCCUGUGGGUAGAAACACCCGCUGAAUUUCACUCUGGCCUUGGAUGGUUUUUCCUUACGCGAACGUAAGCAGAAGGAAAGCUGAUUUUUACCGAAAUUCUACGGGAUAAAUCUGCUUUUCAUUUUUCAGUCAUCAUAUUUUACUUUCUCGACAUACAUUUUUUGAAGAAGUGGGUGGUUUGGAGAUUUCAUUGUUCAUAGAUUUACUUUGAUUUCUGUGAAUACAAUAGAGCUGUUUGAGCUACUGCAAGUGUAUUGCAGAUUUUAUAUAAAUCACUAGGAUAAAAUCAAAUGGGAAGAUAUAGA